AUGACCCCUGCGUCCAACUCUGGCGAGGAAUAUCAAACCAAUUAUCAGACUACGCGCACGAAUGCUGAAAAUUCCCAGGCAACGCCCACUGGCUACGAUUAUAAUGGCCAGCUGGAGAAUGGCGAUGCCAAGGUGUUACAAGCUGUGACCCAUGGAGCGAGUGGAGGAGCUCCUCUAUUCCCACAGCCGCUGCCAGUGCUGCACGAGCCGAGGCAACCGGAAAUCUUUCCACCUGCCAGCUACAGCUUUGACUAUGCCGUGAAUGAUGAAACCACGGGCGAUAUUAAGGAUCAUCGGGAGACACGCGAUGGCUACGUAGUGCGCGGCUCCUAUAGCCUCAUCGAUCCAGAUGGCUACAAGAGAACCGUUACCUAUACGGCGGACGAUGUGCACGGCUUCAAUGCAAUUGUCAAUCGGGUGCCCAUUGUCCUGAAGAAACUGGCCAUAGCUCCAACCAAUGUGUUGCUCGACGAACGUUCCCCCGUUGUCCAGGCCUCAACGGAGGCAACUGCUACUAAAACCUUGGACAAUUCAUUGAAAGCGAUCACUGCCGAUAGUUAUGUGAAUGCGGCGAAAUCUCGUGACACGAGCAGCGGCAUAUAUGAGUAG